CAAACAAUGGAAAAAUCAAGUUUAAUAAUGGCUUCUGCGAUUAUCCUUUUCCUUCUUCUUAACCUCUCUGCUUCUGUGGCAGCUCCAACACCAGAAUCAAUCUACAACCCUUUCCUCCACUGCUUUUCAAACUACACAAAAUCUUCGGACCAAGUUUCCGACAUAGUUUUUGCUCAAUUCAACACUUCAUUUUCUUCUAUUCUCCAAGCCUACAUCCGCAAUGCCCGAUUCAACACCACUUCAACCCCAAAACCCUUACUUGUUGUCACUCCUAUGCGAGAAUCCCAUGUCCAGGGUGCUGUGAUUUGCUCCAAAAGCAUUGGAAUUCAACUCAAAAUAAGAAGUGGUGGCCAUGACUAUGAGGGUAUCUCAUAUGUCUCAGAUCAACCCUUUAUCAUCCUUGACAUGUUCCAGUUCAGGAAUAUCAGUGUGGAUAUACAGAACGAGGUUGUUGUGGUUCAAGCUGGUGCUACACUUGGAGAAGUUUAUUAUAGGAUUUGGGAGAAGAGUAAAGUUCAUGGCUUUCCUGCAGGGGUGUGUCCCACUGUUGGUGUCGGUGGCCAUUUGAGUGGAGGAGGGUAUGGUAAUAUGUUGAGAAAACAUGGGUUAUCUGUGGAUCAUGUUAUUGAUGCUAAAAUUGUUGAUGCAAAUGGUAGGAUUCUUGAUAAGGAAACUAUGGGGGAAGACCUAUUUUGGGCCAUUAGAGGAGGCGGCGGAGCAAGUUUUGGAGUUAUUCUAUCAUACACUGUUAAGUUGGUUGCUGUACCAGAAUCUGUUACUGUUUUUCGGGUUGUCAAGAGUUUGGAUCAGAACCAGAACGUCACUGAGGUUGUCUUUCAGUGGCAGCAGGUGGCGCCACACACUGAUGAUAGGCUUUUCAUGAGGAUGCUCGUGCAGCCUGUGACUUCUAAGGUUGUGAAGAAGACGAAAACCAUCAGAAUCACUGUUAUAGCUUUGUUUCUUGGAAGGGUUGAUGAAGUUGUCUCAUUAUUGAGGAAGGAGUUUCCUUCUCUUGGUUUGAACAAGGAAAAUUGCACUGAAAUGAAUUGGAUUGGUUCUGUGCUUUGGUGGGCUAAUUUUGAUAAUGCUACAAAACCAGAAGUUCUACUUGACAGGAAUGAUAAUUCAGAAGCAGGUUUCCUCAAGAGGAAAUCUGAUUAUGUGCAGAAAGCAAUUUCAAAAGAAGGGUUGGAAGGGAUAUGGAAGAAGAUGAUUGAAUUGGGAAAAACAGGAUUUGUUUUCAAUCCUUAUGGAGGAAGAAUGAGUGAGAUCUCGUCCGAUGCUACACCGUUUCCUCACCGUGCUGGGAAUCUGUUCAAGAUUCAGUACUCAGUGAAUUGGGACAAACCAGGAGUUGAUUUGGAAAACAAUUUUACUAGUCAAGCUAGGAGGUUGUAUAGUUACAUGACUCCAUUUGUGUCCAAUAGUCCUAGAAGUGCCUACAUUAAUUAUAGGGACCUUGAUAUUGGUACCAACAGUUUUGGAAAGAAUAGCUAUAAAGAAGGAGUUGUUUAUGGGGUCAAGUACUUCAAUAACAAUUUUGAGAGGUUGGUCAAGAUCAAGACUGUUGUUGAUCCAGAAAACUUUUUCAGGAAUGAACAGAGUAUUCCAAUUCAUCCGGGAUUGAACUCUCGUGCUGCUAAAUCUGGUGCUGGCAAAUUGUUAAACUCCAGCCUAUAUUGGAAACUAAUGGUAAAGGUGGUUUGCUUACUCAUACUUCAAACAUUCAUAUAAUUAUUGUAAUCAUACAUGGAC